CAUGACCCAACUCCCCCCUCCCCCAACAGGCAGGCUACAGAGAUAGCGGCGAGGCGAGCAAUCCCGCACAAGGAUUCAAACCAAAACCCUAAACCAACUCCUCCCCCCGCUCGCCGGCAUGGCCCCGAAGCGCCCGGCCGCCGCCGCCGCCGCCGACGCGCCGCCGGGGUCAGGGUCCGACGCCUCGGACCGCGAGGCGGGCGACGUCCGCUACACCCGCCGCCGUCGCCGCAACUCCCCCUCCCCGGCCCCUUCCCGCUCCCGCUCCCGCUCCCGCUCCCGGUCCCCGUCCCGAUCCCGCUCCAAGACCCCUCCCCCCAACCACCGCCCUAACGCCGUCGCGCUCUCCUCCACCCCCACCUCCGCGGGCGCCGACUUCGCGGCCGCAUCCGACUCCGACGCCGGCGGCCGCGUCUCGCCCCCGAGGCGCAGGGACCGCAAGGGUCCGCCCCGCGACCGCCUCGACUCCGAUGCGGACGCCGACGCCAGCGCCGGCGGCCGCGCCCCAUCCCCGAGGCGCCGCGGCGAGCGCUCCCCCAGCUUCCACUCCGACUCGGACGCCGACGCCGCCGGCCGCGUGCGGUCCCCGAGGCGCAACCGCGAGCGCACCCCCCGCCUCCGCUCCGACUCCGACUCCGACAACUCCUUGGCGGCCGCCGGAUCCGAGGACGAAGGCGCCGGCGCCGGCGACGCCUCGCCGCUGCCCCGCGCGCGUCGUUCCUCCCGCAUCGAGACCUCCAACAUCAAGCCCGUCAGCACGCGCCCGAUGGAGGUGGCCCGCCGCGCCUCCGCCGGGUCCUCCAAGCGCAGCUCCAAGCGCCGCCACAGCUCCCCGGAGCAGCAGAAGCGUCCACCCCGGGUCUGGAGCCCUGAAGACGAGAUCACCAUACUUAGUGCCCUCGUCGAGUACCGUGCCAAGAAAGGCCGGCUCCCUGCGUCGAUUCAGGACACAAGCAAGGUACACAGCCAGAUUAGUGGCCAGCUCACUGCUAAUGCGUCCACUACCCAGCUUAGUGAUAAGAUUAGGCGCCUCAAGCAUAAGUACAAGUUGCUGGUGACCCGUGCAAAGAAUGGACGGGAUCCUGACUUGCCAACGGAGCAUGAACGUGAUGUCUAUGAACUUAGCAAGAAAGUUUGGGGAUUUAAGAGUGGCGGUGUAUUGGGAGGAUCUCGUGCAUUUGAGGACGCUGGAGAUGCAGAGAGCAAUGAAGAGCAGGAGAUCGAAGAGAGUGAUGAGGGUAUGGAGAAUGGGUGGGAGCGCCGUGAACGCAUGAGCAAGAAACCAAAGGCAUCUAGAUUUGAAAAUGGCAAUGGUAAUGCACUUGCGGUUGUCGGUAGGGCUAGCCAUGGCAAUGGCAGUGGGAAAGAUGAUGCUGAUAAGGGAAAACAAACGUACCCAUAUCUGUGGGAGGCUGUUGAGGAGCUGUCAAAGGAGCACCCGAGUGGGCCAAUAUUCAGAAAGGCGUUUGGUGUGCUUGAGAAGUCAAAGGCACGAGCAAUGGAGGAGAAACUGCGGACGUUCAGAAUGUCAGAGAUCAGGCAGCAGCUGCGUCGGAUGGACCUGAUGAAGGAGACAGUGGAGAUGGUUCUUGAUGCGCUGGAGGGUGCAUAUUGAUUUGGUUGAAAUUGAUGAACUGCUGGAUUUUGGAAUCUGUGGUCCGGAUUCAAGGAUUAAGGAUUGUGAAAUGCAAUCAGAUUUGUUGCUCGAAGUUGUUUACCCUUGAUGACUCUUGUCACUCCCUGCAAUUAUGGCUUGCUAGAUUUGGUUAUGGAUGUUGAAAACACUUCUCCAGGUUACAUUUGAUAUAGAAUACAUUGGCAUUCAUCUCACUGUGCUGUUAUAGAUGAAAAAAGGGAGAAAAUUUCGACCUAUAGUUGUCAAUCGCUCUUUUGCGAGCAAUGUGACCAUUAAGUGAUCGGAAUCGGAGAGUGUAGCAAACUAGCAAUCUGGAUACUUGGAAAGAUUAUUUAGAGCUAUCCGAGUUUUGUUUUGUUCUGUUCAAAAUUGUCCCAGGAGUCAGUUGGUGCAGUGAAAGACGACACUGAGUUCAUCAUUGACCUGCUUAGAUCAUCUAGCUUCAGGGAUGAGCAAUAUGAAGAUUAUAGGGGUUUACUUCUACGUGGAUUGUUAUGUUUUUGUUACCAUGUUUGUGGUGAUUGGUGAACCUAAAGGCUGAAGGAGUAAAAGGGAUUCUUUUUUGGUUGAAAUCUGUAACCUGUUUGGAUAGCUCAGAUUUGGGCAACAAUCGCUAGGAUUGCGUUCAACUCCUAGAACAAUCCAUCUAUCGGGUUUGAAAAUUUGCAGUACAUACAUGACUAAGGGCAUCAAUUGGGA